AUGUUCAUGCCAAGAGCCCUAAAAGUAAAGAGACCUGCCCAGGUCUCAGGCCCAGUUUUGAAUAAAAAAAGCAAGGUAUCUCAGGAGGAGAGAAAAGAUGAAGGAAGUUCAGCGACACCAGUUCAGAAGGAGGAAGUCAGUGAAGGCACCAAAACACAGGAUGAGACAAUACAAGCAAGUGGAGAAUCAGCUUGUUUGACAGAAAGCCCAGUGCUUAAGGAUGAAGACCCAUCCGCCUCAAGUGAUACAGAGGAAGAGGAAGAGGAGGAACCUGUCAAAUCCUUUAAAAAGAGCCAGAGGUGGCCUGAGCCAGGAGAGCCAGUCUGUGUGAUGUGUGGUCGCUAUGGGGAGUACAUUUGUGACAGUACCGACAAUGAUGUUUGCAGUCUUGAGUGCAAAGCCAAACAUUUGUUCAAAAUGGGGAUGGGCACUGGUGCAGACGUGUUUAACCGUAAGGACACAAUUGGAGAUGAAAGGACUCAACCUCAACAGUCAACGGUUGACACUGAUGGAGUGGGUGGAAGUGAGGCAGUCUAUGCCUACAAAGAUGAUCUGUUCAUAUCAGGCCUAACAGAGGAGCAGGUGCAGCGUAUCAAACAGGAGCUGGGCAUAGAAACCCAAGGUAGUGAAGUCAAGAGGCCCAUCCUUGAGUUUGAACACUGUGGCUUCCCUGCCACGCUGAAUGGCAACCUGAAAAAGGCCGGGUAUGCGGCGCCCACGCCGGUCCAGAUGCAGAUGGUGCCGAUUGGACUCACCGGCAGGGAUGUGAUCGUCAGUGCUGACACAGGAUCAGGGAAGACUGUAGCCUUCCUGCUGCCAGUGGUAGUGAGGGCACUGGAGAAGCCAGCACACAGUGCAGGCAGUCCUGUGGCUCUCAUCCUGACCCCCACCAGGGAGCUGGCCAUUCAGAUAGAGAGGCAGGCCAAGGAGCUGGUGAUUGGUGUCCCCAACAUGAGGACCGCUCUGCUGGUGGGCGGCAUGCCCCUCCCACAGCAACUCCACCGCCUCAAAAGCAGCAUCAAAAUUAUCAUAGCCACCCCAGGGCGACUCAUCGAGAUCCUGAAGCAGAAGGCAGUGCAGCUGGACAUGGUGAAGGUGGUGGUGGUUGAUGAGGUUGACACUAUGUUGAAGAUGGGUUUCCAGCAGCAGGUGUUGGAGGUUUUGGAGCACGUCCCAGAAGAACACCAAACUCUGCUGGCCUCGGCCACCAUCCCCACAGGGACGGAGGAGCUGGCUGCCCGAUUGGUUCGCGACCCUGUCCGUAUCGCAAUUGGAGAGAAGAACCAGCCCUGUGCCAACGUGAGGCAGAUCGUGCUUUGGUUAGAGGAACCCUCCAAGAAGAAGAAGCUGUUUGAGAUUCUCAAUGACAGUAAGCUGUACCAGCCUCCAGUGGUGGUGUUUGUAGACUGUAAACUGGGGGCUGAUCUACUGUGUGAAGCGGUCGCCAAGGUGACAGGCCUCAAUACUGUGGCAAUCCACUCUGACAAGACCCAGUGGCAACGCAACCGCAUCCUCAGGGGACUUCUGGAAGGAGACUUUGAAGUUGUGAUCAGUACAGGUGUGCUAGGCAGAGGACUCGACCUUGCCAAUGUCAAAUUGGUGGUUAACUUUGACAUGCCAAACACAAUGGAUGAGUAUGUCCAUCAGGUGGGCAGGGCUGGCCGGCUGGGACACAGAGGAACAGCCAUCACCUUUCUCAACAACACCCAUAAACGGAUGUUCCUGGAGGUGGUGAAGCGGGUCAAAGCCACAGGGUCCUCACUGCCCCCUCAGCUCCUUAAUUCCCCCUACCUUCAUGAGCAGCAGAAGAGGGAAAGAAAAAAGGCGAAGCAAGAGUCUGACAACACGCUGGUCACUAAGAACAACCUCAUAGACAUCAUAAGGAAACACGACCGACGCAAGAAAUAGUCUAUUUUUGUAAUGCCAGUGGUGAUGUCUAUUUAUUUGGUAAAUGCUACAUGUUUAUUUUGUAAAUUGUUUUUUGGAGAAAAAAAAUUGUCAAUGAAUAAAUGACUUUUGUAAUUUA